UUGUAGCAAUAUGUGGGUGACGAUAGACAUAUCCAGUCUGAAAUACCCCCGUAUUUGUGCCGUAUAUCUAAUCCUCGUCUCGGUGUUUGUCGAAGUACAAGGGUGGCAUGAUCUCGGCAACACGCUUUACCAUUGCUGGCCGUUGAUAAACCCCGACGAUGCUAACAUGGUUGAUUGUCCAGGAUUCUCAAUGGAAUGGAUUGAUGUGCCAAACACUGUAGUCAGCGAAGAUAGUUUUAACGUUUCUUACCGCAUAAACGCCAAUGACAUUUUUUUUGAUUGGUCGGUGUUAAAUAACUCGGACUAUGCCGUCCAAUAUGGCAGUGUAUUUCCUUUUAGCUCCGGGGCGGAAGCCAAACAUUUCUGUGCAACUACGGAUUGUCCUGCACCCAACAUAGCCGGUGUGGAUAAUUGCUGUUUACAUCACAUCAAUAUCCACUCCUGUCCACAGGAAAGC